AUGUCUUCUUCUUUUGAACCACAAACUCCUCUUGAGCCACUCAAGUAUGCAUUUGUUCUUCCGGGCAUUACGCCUGAAGCAAAGCAACUUUCAGAACACCUGCUUGAAAAGAAUCACGUGGAGCACAACAUCUUUUUCAAUCCGAAAGGGUUCCACAACCAUUUGACCCACCACUACCUUUCUGCCUAUGCUAUGGGAGCCAACCCUGAACGUUUGCAAGCCAUUUAUGACGAACAUGCCUCUUAUCAAAGACCCUUGCCUCCCUCUGUGGGCGAGUUGAACCGUGAGAACUAUCGCUCGCAAAUUGGCAACCGUGAUGCAUAUACCAGUUAUCGUGACAUGUUCCAACGCGAGAUUAAUCAACAUGGCAUGAUCAACACCAUCCGUCAUUGGAUUUAUAGCGAUGAUUUGUUGGCUCGUGUGAUGGGUGGCGCCUAUCACCCUAUCAUCCAUAUCGGCUAUGGUGUUGAAUUCAAUCUCCCUGCUUUAGCAGCUGAAGGUCUUGCUAUGAUGGCAUGUACAGAAGCAAGAUUUGCCGAUUUCAUUCCUCAAGGUCAACCUGCCAAUAGUCAACGUGUGCUAUCGACGGCGCGUGAUAUGGUGUCGCAGUUGACAACUGGAUUUGCUACAAGGCUUAAUCUCGGCAAACCCCAAAGCGGAGAUGCACCUUCAGCAAGUAGUUUGACGGCUGUGGAUAUGGAUGCUGCACUCAAGGAUGCACUCAACAAUAACGCUGUUCUUGACCUUGCCGAAGAAAUUCGUCGUGAUGCUGAUUUCGAUGACGUGGUCAAGUACUCGGAUGAGAACAAGAUCACAGCUGUGUUGGAGAGCAAAAAGGCUAAGGAUAAGCUCCGCACUUAUUUGUCACGAUGGAGUAUCUCUGAAACCGAACAAGAUGUGUGGGAAAAGCUUAAAGAGCUAUAUACUGCAAGCAUGGUCAUCUAUGGUGCAUCAGCUAUUCGCAAGCAAGGCAUCAAGCUUGAUUUCUUCCUUGUACACGCCCUCACUUCGAUCCAUGCUAUCCAUACAUUGAUCCCCCACUUGUCGUAUGUCGAAUCAUCCAAGUUGUUGAAGGCUCAUGCAGCUGCUACUCUCACGUUCUUUGUGUCACUGGGCCGUCCUAGUUUGCAAUUGGAUCUAUUGCUCAAGUUCCAAUCACCUGAAUUUGAUACCAAGUGCAACAAUCCAUGGCUAAGUCUUUGUGAUCGUGCCAUCACAGCACAUGAGGUGCAUCAAAUCAAAGCAAUCCAUUCGUUGGCUGUGGGUCAAAUGCUUUAUGCUCAUGAUUCUCCACUUGCAAAGGCAUGGAUUCGAGUAGCUGACUUGACGUUGUAUGUAUCAGACCAAGAAAAGAAAGCUGGUGGAGCCGAUUUUUGGAAUCGAAGUGGCAUAGGCUAUGAUGAAGAUUGGGAAGAUACGUCAAGAUUAGUUCCUUAUUGA